UGUCUUCGUUACUUUUACAGCUCAUCAUUUCACUGCGAUAACGACAAACACGCAACCGUUGUUCACGCUUUGUCUGCGUAACGUCUGAUUCAGCAUCGCCUCGUGCACUUCAGUUACCGGUGCGCUAUUUAAAGGGAAGCAACAUGGCACGCGCUGUAGUCAAACAGGAAUCUGUGGACAGGGAGAUGAAGAAGUCAGCAGAGCAAAGCAAGUUUGUUUACACCACGAAGCGGGGGUAUGAUGUUACACGAAACCCUCACCUCAAUAAGGGCAUGGCCUUCUCCCUCGAGGAGCGCCUGCAGCUGGGCAUUCAUGGCCUGCUGCCUCCGUGUUUUCUCAGCCAGGAUGUACAACUGUUACGGGUGCUCAGGAACUACGAGCUGAAAAAGGAUGAUCUGGACAGAUACGUCUUUUUGAUGGGCCUCCAGGACCGUAAUGAGAAGCUCUUCUAUCGGGUCUUGACCUCAGAUGUAGAGAGAUUCAUGCCCAUUGUGUACACACCUACCGUUGGCCUUGCAUGCCAGCAAUAUGGCCUCACGUUCAGGAGACCUCGGGGUCUAUUCAUUACCAUUCAUGAUCGUUCGCACAUCUCCACAAUGCUGCAGAGCUGGCCAGAGGAAAAUGUUCGUGCUAUAGUUGUCACAGAUGGCGAGAGGAUUCUGGGCCUAGGGGAUCUGGGCUGUUACGGAAUGGGCAUCCCUGUGGGUAAACUGGCCUUGUACACCGCCUGUGGGGGAAUGCCGCCUCAGCAGUGCCUGCCUGUCAUGUUGGACGUGGGAACAGACAAUGAGGAGCUCCUUAAAGACCCUCUGUACAUCGGUCUGAGACAUAAAAGAAUACGUGGACAGGCUUACGAUGAACUGCUGGAGGAAUUUAUGAAGGCUGUGACAGACAGGUAUGGGAUGAACUGCCUAAUCCAGUUUGAGGACUUUGCCAACGUCAACGCCUUCCGUCUUCUGAGCAAAUACAGAAACAAGUACCUCACGUUCAAUGAUGACAUACAAGGUACUGCUGCAGUGGCCGUGGCCGGACUGCUGGCUGCCCUUCGCAUUACCAAGAGCAAAAUGUCAGACCAUACAAUUGUGUUUCAAGGUGCUGGAGAGGCUGCAAUGGGCAUAGCUGACCUCAUCGUCAUGGCGAUGGAGAAGGAGGGGCUUCCUCAAGAGCAGUGUUUGAAAAAGAUCUGGAUGGUGGACUCUAAAGGACUCAUCGUGAAGGGUCGUGAUAACCUCACCCAUGAGAAAGAGAGGUUUGCCCAUGAACAUGCACAAAUGAGGAAGCUUGAGGAUGUUGUGAAGGAACUGAAGCCUACUGCUAUAAUUGGGGUGGCGGCCAUCACGGGGGCUUUUACUGAGGAGAUCAUUAAAACUAUGGCAAACAUUAACAAGAGACCAAUUAUCUUCGCUCUGAGCAACCCCACCAGCAAAGCCGAAUGUACUGCUGAGCAGUGUUACACACUUACAGAGGGCAGGGGUAUAUUUGCUAGCGGGAGUCCUUUUGAUCCUGUUACCCUUCCAGAUGGCCGAAAGUUCUACCCUGGUCAGGGCAACAAUGCCUAUGUGUUUCCUGGAGUGGGGUUGGGGGUCACCGCUUGUGCUAUGAGACAUAUUCCUGAGGAUAUUUUCCUUGUUACGGCUGAGACUAUUGCUGAGCUGGUGACCGAGGAGCAUCUCAAAGAGGGACGUCUGUAUCCUCCUCUCAGUAACAUUCGGGAUGUUUCUUUCAGGUUGACUGUGAAGAUUGUGGAAUACGCCUAUAAACACAAAUUGGCAACAGUCUACCCGGAGCCGCAGGAUAAAGAGGCUUUCGUUCGUUCGCUCGUCUACAGCACAGACUAUGAAGAAUUUGCAGUCAACUCAUACAGCUGGCCUGAGAACGCCAUGACUGUUCAGACCUGCAAACUUUAACCCUACAGCACCUUCACAAACCACAAUGAGAUUUAUUCACAAUGUAUUCGUUUGAAAUGUGCAAAUGAGAGUGUUUAUUAACCUAUCUGCAAACCAAAAAUAUUUUAAAUAAAAUGUUUAAGUCUUUUAUCAUA